AUGUAUUCUUCGCCGCCAGCAGAUACCUCCUACCGCCAACUCCUCCGCCGUUUGAGAAUCUCGCCCGACAACCGCAAAAUGGUCAAGACUUCCGUCCUCAACGAUGCCCUUAACGCCAUCAACAACGCCGAGAAGAGCGGCAAGCGCCAGGUCCUGAUCCGUCCUUCGUCCAAGGUCAUUGUCAAGUUCCUCUCUGUCAUGCAGAAGCACGGUAAGUCGACUCGAGUCAACACGUUGAGCCGGUCCGAAGCAGCAAGAGGAGGAUUGUCUGUAGCAAAACACACCCGGGUUGAUAACUAG